AUGGCGGAUGCACCGCUCUUCUGGAAAGAACGCCAUAUCAAAUAUUACCUCCGCUGUCUCAAAACCCUGUUACCCCACCAGUAUACCCCCAAUGAUUCCAAUCGUAUGACUCUGGCAUUCUUCGUUGUCGCGGGUCUUGACUUGCUUGAUUCGUUGAACACGAGUGUAUCCGCGCCUGAGCGUCGGGCGUACGCGAAUUGGAUUUACCACUGCCAGCUUUCGUCUGGUGGCUUUAGAGGCUUUACAGGCACCAAGUUUGGGAGUGCAGCCACUGCUGACAACGAGAUUUGGGACCCGGCUAAUUUGCCAGCGACAUUUUUCGCAUUGGUGACGCUAUUACUGCUGGGCGAUGAUUUGACGCGCGUGAAGAGAAAGGAGUGUUUGCGCUGGCUGCGCAGGAUGCAGCGUCAGGAUGGAAGUUUUGGAGAGGUACUCGGCGCCAACGGCGCGAUAGAAGGAGGCAACGAUUUACGAUUUUGUUGCUGUGCGACUGGGAUUCGAUAUAUUCUGCGAGGAGAAGACACAGCGUAUUUGAAAGACAUUGAUGAUAUUGAUGUAUCAAAGCUCGUUACUUAUGUUGAGAAGUGUCAGGCAUACGAUGGUGGAUUCGCACAAGCUCCCUGGCUUGAAGCCCACGCUGGGUUGACUUACUGCGCCCUUGGUACAUUGUCAUUUCUCGGAUAUGCCCCAGCGUCAGAGAGUAGCAAAAGCUCGCUAGACAUCCGGGUAGCAGCAUGCGAUCCGGGUUCGGAGGAGUUUGAAUCUCUGAUAGAAUGGCUCGCGUUCCGCCAAACCAACAUAUUAGUCGAGGAGGAUGUCCAAAGUGGAAUAACAGACGAAGAAGGAUCCCAUCAAACAAUGGAACAUUCGAACAGCACCCCAUGCUCGAUCGAGGAGCAGAUUUCAUCCUUACCAGUGCUCCCAACGUCUUCCGAAUGGCCCCUUGAGAACCGGAAUUGCGCCGGCUUCAAUGGCAGAGCCAACAAACUCGCCGAUACCUGUUACUCUUUCUGGGUCACUGGCUCGUUGGCGGUAUAUACCCAAAUCCCACUCACUCCGCUUGCUGCUCUAAUCCCCACUGAAACGUGUAAUAGAUGCUUGAUCGUCUCCAUGUUAUCAAUGCGGAUGCCAAUCGAAGAUAUCUUUUGGAUAAAACGCAACACCUCAUCGGCGGCUUUGGAAAAGGAGUCGAUGAAUUGCCAGGUCUCCGCCCCUGUCUAUGCUUGUGGUGUUCGAGCCGACUGA